AAUUACAUUGGUAUUGGGGAAAUAGGGAACUGAAGAUUCACUGUUAUAUAAGAAUCCAAAAAGCUGCAGGUGCAUACGUCGGUUUUAGGGGAAAUAUGUGGUCUGUAGAGACAUUUUUUCAUUCUAAUGAAAGUACAAAAUAUAACAGCUGCGUGUAGCAUGAGAGAGUUUAAGUGAAAAAGAAUUACCCACUACAACAAUAUGCCAAUACAUACCCAGAAUUUUAACUUUAAUUCACCACAGGAGUUUUUAUGUUUUAUAUGCUUAAAGGUAAUAUACUCAGUUGUGGAAAUUACCAGCAACCCUCUCUUAAAAAGUCUGGGGGAAAUAAAACAAAGGCAGAGGGGUGCGCUUGUCUGAGGUGUGUGCAAAUACUCUUAAGCUGUUGAUGGCUAACGCGUGUUACACAAAUGGCACAGCUCACUGAAGUCUAUUGUAAUGAAUAUAACAAGCCUGCGUCAUGAGAAUGCACAUAAAUGUGAUUCCAAAUCAUACUUUCACUUCCUCCCUCAGCGGAGCAUGAAAAUGAGCAACUAUUGCAUAACUUUCACUUACAGUGAAAUAAAAACCAUUACAGCAGUGCAUAAAAACGGCAGAGACUGCACUCAACCACAGCAGCUCUACAAAUUCUUCAGCAGAAAUAAGAUGUUGUGUGAAGGUAAGCUGUGGAGUUUGGUAUUCGAAGCUGAUCCAGAGUGUUUAAAUCCUCCUGAACGCUGCGCGGUCACAGCACCGUCUUACCUCCUUUCAGCGCACGGCCCUCAUCCCAACAUCAACUCAUCCCUAGAGACCGCAACCCUGACCAAGACCCAGCAGAGUGACCCCCAUCCUUCCCCCUUGGACCCAGCGGCAGGACGCCAACUCCCCAAAGGUGUAGACAUCCCCAGGCACGCAGACGCCCCAGAAACGGAAGCUUUUUUGGUGCCCUCGAGCUGCCACAGCAUCUGCCAGCAUUACGGUGACUUACACAUCGCCGGUGGCCAGGUGCUUCCGCUCAGCCCCAGCGCAGCAGAUGUGCAGGGCAAUCUCAUUCAGGACCCCCAGACCGGACCCUUCCUCCUGUCUGGAGAUGUCCCCUCCCCCUCCCUCCUGCCUCCUCUGGUCCACGAGUACAGGAGCUCGAGGCGCUGGAGGGAAGAAAGCGGGCGCGAGCGUCCCUCUCUUCUGCAGUUCAGCCGGCCUCUCUCUAACUCGCAGCUCAACGGCUACCUGGAACAGAAGCUUCUGGAGCUGUACAAGCAGUACCUGACCGAGGGACCUGCGGCGAGCCGGCCCGUCAUGGCCUCUGAGCUUCUGCAGACCAGCCUGGACCAGAUGACUCUCCAGCUGAGCCGUGAGCAGAACCUGGAGACGGCCCGGGCCAAAGACAUGCUGCUCAGCUGCCUGCUGAGAGUCACCAGCAGCUACCAGUCCAGCGAGAUCAGCACUCCUCUACUGCAGAUCUCUACUGAGACAAAGUGAGUCUGACAGUGGGAAGAGAUGAAAAGACAGAGGACAAAAAAAAAAACGUGUGGUGGAAGUCAGAGCAAGGAGAUGCACUUUCUUUGUCAAGUGUAACAUGUAAUAGCUUGAAACUAGCAUGUUAAUUAUGCAAAUUAAAAUAAAAAAAAUGCAAAUUAAAUACAAUUUGUAAUUCAAAUAGUGUUGAUUAUUUGGGUUCUCUUGAUCAUUAAAAAAUCUGGAUGAAUACAAUUUGUUUU